CACAUGAUCCGCUUUUCAGCUUGCAUGCAGUUGGUAUUAAAAUGUUUCCAGCAUCACAAACUGUCAACUGCGUACAUUGUGACAAUAUUUCCAGAAAAUACACAUGUCCCUCGGCUCUUUUGUAACUAGCUAGCGAUAUAUUUUAUGACAUCGUGGCUCAGUCACGUUUCCGCAGAACUUAGCAUUUAGUGGAAACUAGCUGUACCCUUGCAACUGUUAUUGUUGCUUGGAUCCAAAAGUGACAGGCAGAAAGAACGAAAGUGCGAGGGGGACUGCGAAUUAGCUGGGUUAGCUAGCUACUAGUAGGGCUGAAGCAAAGCGAGGCCUGACUGAGCGAGACGAUCGUGUUCCCUUCCGACAGAAACACGGCGAAAUCAUGGCCAACAUCGCGGUUCAAAGGAUAAAACGGGAAUUUAAAGAGGUUCUCAAAAGCGAGGAGACGAGUAAAAACCAGAUAAAGGUGGACCUAGUGGAUGAGAACUUCACAGAGCUGAAGGGGGAGAUCGCAGGGCCACCUGACACGCCGUAUGAAGGUGGCAGAUAUCAACUAGAAAUUAAAAUUCCAGAAACAUAUCCCUUCAAUCCACCAAAGGUGCGAUUUAUCACAAAGAUCUGGCAUCCCAACAUCAGCUCAGUCACAGGUGCUAUAUGUCUGGACAUCCUCAAAGACCAGUGGGCGGCAGCUAUGACGCUGAGGACAGUGCUGUUGUCACUACAGGCCUUACUGGCAGCUGCAGAACCAGAUGAUCCACAGGAUGCUGUGGUGGCCAAUCAGUAUAAGCAGAAUCCAGAGAUGUUCAAACAGACGGCCAGACUCUGGUCUCAUGUGUACGCCGGCGCCCCCUCCUCCAGCCCAGAGUACACACGCAAAAUAGACAAACUCUGUGCCAUGGGCUUUGACAAAAAUGCAGUAAUAGUGGCGUUGUCGUCGAAAUCCUGGGAUGUGGAGACAGCAACAGAGCUACUGCUCAGUAACUGAGUCUCAACGCCCCCAUCUGACCCCUCCUUCAGUCUCCCUCCAUCUGAAGCCCUCUUCUCGGCUGUCCCUCUGACCCCUCACCCCUCUUAUCUACCUGUUGGAUACCCCCUCUCAACCUCCUGGCAUUUCUCCCAUUGUCAUCAUCUCUGUACCACUCUCCAUCUUCCUUGCCAUCUUCACGUUGGCACUGUUCCCUGCCAUCAUUUCACAUACCUCAAUCAAAUGACUCCUUCCCUUAGGCCAUGUGCCAUUCCUCUCCCCCUCUACUCAUGCUAUUCAUGUCCAUUACCAUCCCAACUCCUUCAGACUCGCUGGCUUUGUCUAAACACUCCACUGGUGUCCUAUGAUGUAUACAAUCCUUUCACAUCAGUUAUGACCUUGAAAGUAAGGAAGUGUUGUAAGAUUGUUAGAACAGAGAAAUCUCCACCAUUUUGGCACUUACCACAUCACUGGUGUUUCCUAGCACUUGCAGUAGCCACAUGAUGUAUCAACUGUCUUAGUCUUACCAUCCUAAACUCUCCACCCCAUCAGCAGGGAGCCCCACCCCUCUCAACCCUGUCAUGACUAUCAUCAUCACUCUUUCUUCUUCCCCCAUUUUUUAUCUGGUUCUGGCCUCCUACAAGAAGAUGAUUAGAUUCCCGUUUUUAAAAAGAGAGAAAGAAAACAGAAACGCUCAGUGCACUGUUCACCGAUAACGCUACUCAAGCAAAUUUAAGACUGGGAGUAAAAAAAAUUAAAGUGGUUUGAAAGAUAUCGCAUCCACUGAACUAUGCCAACAGAGGUAAAAAAAAUGUCAAAAGAAUUCAUCUGUAAAUAAAGCUAUUAAAGUCUGUGUAAAUUAA